GUUGCGUUAAAUGAUUAUUUGGUAUAAAUGAAUGGAUACAUUUGCCUUAUCCAUGAAAGGAGCAGCUGAGUUCUGGGUUUAGUCAGGGUUUUCAGCGACUCAAGAGGAAGAAGAGGAGCUCGUGUUAUUUUGGAAUCAACAGGACAGUUUAGAGCAUGGCGCUACAGCAAACAUUAAGUUUCAAGUGUUCAUAUCCACCUCUAAAGGAAAAUACAUUCAGAACUUCUUCAUUUGUUGUUAAAAUUCAAUCCCGAAGCGGCGCUGAGGUUUCUUCACCAAAGAUGGAGUGUACUGAUCUUAUAUCAAACUCUCUUAAAUUGCCUUUAAGGGCAGCUAGUUUAAGAAGAAGUAUAGCAGUGAGAUCUUUGAUGGAAAAGCUUGGAAAGAAAGGAGGAGGAGGAGAAGAAUCAAGUGAUGCAGAUGAUGAUGAUGAUGAUUCCUUCAUGAAAAAUAAUGUGGAUGAUGGUCCAUUUAUGGAUCUUGAAGAGAGACUUGAAUGGAGGAGAAAAAUCAGAGAAGUCAUUGAUCGGUGUCCUGAUGUUAAGGAGGAGAUAGACCCUAUUGAACGGAAGAAGAAGAUGCAGAAGCUGCUGGCUGAUUACCCCCUUGUUGUGGAAGAGGAUGAUCCUGAUUGGCCAGAAGAUGCUGAUGGGUGGGGUUUCAAUUUUGGUCAAUUUUUUGACAAGAUUACCAUCAAGAAUGUAAAGAAGGAUAAUGAUGAUGAGAAUUAUGAUAGCGAGAAUGAAAUAGUAUGGCAAGAUGAUAAUUAUAUCCGCCCAAUCAAAGAUAUCAAGACUGCAGAGUGGGAAGAGGCUGUGUUCAAAGACAUUAGUCCUUUAAUUGUUCUUGUACAUAAUCGGUAUAAAAGACCAAAGGAUAACGAAAAAAUUCGGGAUGAAAUAGAGAAAGCUGUGCACAUCAUCUGGAAUUGUCACCUACCUUCACCAAGAUGUGUAGCAGUUGAUGGUAAUGCCGAGCAGGAGUUGGUUUCUGCUUUACAAGUGUCCAUCUUCCCGGAGGUUAUAUUCACUAAAGCUGGAAAGAUCUUGUACCGAGAAAAAGCAAUUCGAACUGCAGAUGAGUUGUCAAAAAUGAUGGCUUUCUUUUAUUAUGGAGCUGCCAAGCCUGACUGUUUGAAAGACAUGGGAAGUAGCCAAGAAAUGAUCCCAUCUGUCAUCAUCAACCGUCCAACAGAGCUGAAGCUAUAGGAGUUGUUCUUUAGAAUAAGUCUCAUAUGGAAAUACCUUGUAUGAUAACUAAUUCUGAUUUAUAGCUUAUACAUAAGCUAGUGUAGGUGCUCUUGGAACGUUUAGUUAUUUCUUUAUCACUGGUUUCAGAAGCAACUAUGUCGACAGCCUUGUCUUCGCAUCCUAUAUUUUUGCACACUGGAAACAAAUGAAAUUAGCAAUGUAUGUUUUUGAUGCUUUGCUUGAAAA